GACGGAGAGAGAGAGGGAGAGAGACGGAGAGAGAGGGAGAGAGAGACGGAGAGAGAGGGAGAGAGUGUAGCAGCAGCGAUGUUUAUGCUCAUUCGUGAGGGAUCUGCCGGUCCAGGUGGCAGCGCAUCAGGGAUGAACCACCAGCCGGAGAAGACCGCCAAGCAGGUACAGGCCGCCAUUAAGAAGAAGGUGGAGAAGCAGAAGAGGAGAAGCAGUGAGACGGGCGGGGCUCUGGAGGGGGGUGGGGGGCAGGGUAAGCCCCCCCACAGGGGCCGGGCCCCCAGCGCCGCCUCCAUCCUGGAGAAAGAGAGCGGGCAGGAGGAAGAGGAGGAUGAGGAUGAGGAGCAGAGGAAGCAGGAGAAGGAGAGGACCGACCUGCUACCCAUCGUCGACUCAGUCUUUGGGCAGGACAGAGAGCUGCGCCCUGAGGAGAUUGAAGAGCUGAACGAAGCCUUUGUGGAGUUUGAUAAGGAUAAGGAUGGCUACAUCAGCUGUAGGGACCUGGGGGAGUGCAUGAGGACCAUGGGCUACAUGCCCACAGAGAUGGAGCUGAUCGAGCUGAGCCAGCAGAUUGGUGGCGGAAAGAUAGAUUUUGAGGACUUUGUUGGGCUAAUGGGACCCAAGAUGCUGGCAGAGACUGCAGACAUGAUUGGAGUGAAGGAGCUAAGGGAUGCCUUCAGGGAGUUUGACUCUAACGGCGAUGGGCAGAUCAGCCUAUCAGAGCUGAGGGAGGCCAUGAAGAAGCUGAUGGGGGAGCAGCUGAACCCCCGAGAGAUCGAUGAGAUCCUCAGAGACGUGGACCUGAAUGGAGACGGACUGGUGGACUUCGAGGAGUUCGUCCGUAUGAUGUCCCGUUGACACCAGCUAAGUCCAGAAAAGGGGAAGGAGGGAACUGUCAACCUUUUCUUUUGUGUAUACAAUAUAGAUUCUUUUUUUUUUUUUUACUUUUUUGGUCAUCCUUCAUUAAAUUGUCCAUGUGGAAAACCAACAUAAAUCUUUACAAUAAGAUAACUCUAUUAUUUGUUCAGUUAGGACAUUAUGGGUAGUGGACUGCGAUACCUGUCCUGCAACUAAAAACUUUGGCUUUAACUUAGGAUAAAGGUCCUGAUGAUGGCGUGAAAAAGAACAAGCAGCACUUUAAUGCUAACACAUAUAUGCUAACUGGCAUAAGCAAUAAUGAACCGCAGAAUAAAUCUGCAUUUUAAAAACGUU